UGAUUCUGUGUAUAAGGUCGUUAAAUAUGUGCGUGGUUUGUGCCCGUUGGACAACAAGAUUGGUGAACCUGUCGAUCCGCAAUUGGAAGCUGAGUUUGUCAAGUGGGUUGAUACAGGUCUUAGAAAGCAUAAAUCUAACACAACAACUAAUGUGUAUUGUAAGGGUAAGGACACAAUAUUUCCGCCAUUUCGUUUUGGUGUUGAGGACAUUAGCAACAAGAUGUGGUUUUACAACCUUGCCUACCGUAAUUGUUUCCUUACCAAUUCUGUAAGUUUUUAUUUUAUUAUUAUUAUUAUUUUACAUAUUGUUUUUUUAUUUAUUUUUUUUUAAUGUUUUUAAGUGUUGUUCUGUUAGUUUUUUAUAAGGUUGAAUGUUUUUUUACUUACUUUUUUUUUUCUUUUUGUUCAGCACAUUGACAUCAUUUUCUAUUAUCUUCGUAAGAAAAUAAUGUACUUAGCCGAGCCGAAAAUCAAAGUCACCAUAACUGAUUGCCUCUUUUGUUCUAGCAUAACAACUUUGUAUGAGAAGUUUGUUGAGAAAAACAACGAUAUAUCGGUGUUGUCUCUUUCUCACAAUGUGGCCCAGUACAUUCAAGGUGGUAAGAUAUUAUGUGCCACUCCUUGGCAUUUGGUUGAUCAUGUUGUUAUGCCUAUCAAUGUAAAAUUACAGGAUCAUUGGAUUUGUGGUCGUCUUAACAUAGUUGACAGGCGCAUAUAUCUGUACAAUUCAUUGCGUUCUGGAAGGUAUAUGACAGCUGCCAAAGAGGCUUGCAAGCCUUUCUCUGUUAUUUUACCAUAUUACUUCUCUAUGUUAGACUUCAAAGGCCUUCGCAACGAAGCUAAGUUUAGCACUAUGGAACCGUUCCCUAUUGUUGCUGUUGAUGGUUUACCCGAGCAGGUCACAGCUGAUUGUGGUGUUUUUGUUGCAUCAUUUGCUGAGUAUUUCAUUGAUGGCAAACCCAUCCCAUCCUCUGAUUUUGAUGUGGAAAUUCACCGCGAUCGUUUGGCUGUGUUAUUUUAUCAAUAUGGGAUGAAGAAGCAAACUGAGAACAUUGAAAGUGAAUCCGAGGCCCCUCCCAGCCUUCCCAAGAAGUGAUUUGUUUUUUCAAUCAGACUGUCAUUGUUCUUAUAGUUUUUUAAUGUUGUUUUAAUGUUUUUUAUGUUGUUUUUCGUAAACAAACAUUGGUGUUCUGUUGUGUUUCCUUACGUUUUGUGUGGAAAAUAUGUAAUCUUUUAUUUUUGUAUGUUUUUUCUUAUUAUUUUUAUGUACAAACAAGUUGGUAUGUUAAAGUUGUUAGUUUUUUCAUUUCACAUCCCUUCUUUUUUUGUUUUUUUUUCUUAUAGUUUCUCUGUUUUUUUGAAUACAAAUAUUCAUUUCAGUAUUAAAAACACAAACUGUUUCAAUAACAAACUUCAUAUAUAUAUUCAAUUUAGUAUCUAAUCUAAAGUAUCAACAAUUCCCAAUGUAAUCAAUGUUUUUCAAAUAAAAACUGUAUUCCCUUUGUAUUUCAGAAAUUUAAAUUCCUCAAUAUCUCAUUCUCAAAACAUAUGUGUAGUUUUCUUUUGUUUUUCCACUGUUGUUCUGUUGUUGUUUUUAUUCCCUUCUACGUCUUCUGCUGCAUGUUCUUUUGUUAUGCCCCAGUUCACCACAUUUGCUGCACUUGUUGUGUUGAUCCUUUUCCCAUCCAGCCUUCCUUCUUAAUGUUUUUGGUCUUCCUGAUUUUACUCUUUCAUGUGGAGGCAAGACUAUAAUAUUCUUCACUUCUUCCGGUACCUCCCACUCACUUUGGUGUCCU